AUGAAUAUAAGAACAAAAAGAGCUUCAAAACUUGGUUUAUGCAAUUUUUUACCAAGAAACAUAAAAGCAAAUAUUUCAACUAAACAAUUGUUAGGGAAAUCUUAUAUAUACCCUUCUUCAUCGCCUUUAUCGCCUCUAUUUUAUCCACAGCAAACGUGCCAAAACAGACUUUUAGAACACUAUCGUACAACUCUAUGUCAAGAUAUUCUUACUCUCACUUAUACUCAUGAAACAGAUGAAAAGCUAAAAAAGACAGAUGCUAUUCGUUAUUGGGACAAUUCAUCUCCAUAUCAUAAAAAUAGGCCUAGUCGACCACUAAAAGGCAAUAAGCCAAUUCGACCAGCACAGGAACCAAGAACACAUAGAAAUAUUCCAAUUUUAGAAGCGACGAUUGUUCAUUCUAUGAUUAAAGAUGCUAUUAAUAAUAAAACAGCUCUUUUAUCAAUGGUUAUGGCAUUGCAUUGUAUAACAGGACUAAAACCAGAAAUUAUUAAUGCUAGAACAGGGGUUGCACCAUGGAAAUUAAGAACAGGAAUGCCUAUUGCAACAAAAGUUACUCUUAAAGGAGCAGAAAUGUAUAGAUUUCUUACUGUUUUGAUAGAACUUGUUAUCCCAAGAAUGAGAGAUAUGGUAUCUGGAUUCAAAGCUGACUCAGGUGAUUCUACAGGCAAUAUUUGUCUUGGAUUUUCACCAGAUGCACUUUCUUUGUUCCCAGAAAUACAAGCGAACUAUGACAUGUUUCCAAACAUAACAGGCUUCCAUGUUCAUUUUAAUACAACAGCUAAAAGCGAUCAAGAAUGCAGAUUACUUCUUUCUGGAUUUGGUAUUCCUUUUAAAACCCAAAAUAAAAUUUAA